AUGUCUCUCAGACUGUUGUGCAAACAGAAUAGGCAUCCUUCGAAUGCGUUGUUUUACUUCCGGCAAGAGCAAAAAACCGGGAUCGCACCAACUCGAAUAAUCAUCGAAAAACAACUGGAUUUGACUGAAGGAAUGGUGGUGACUGUCAAUUGGGAUGGAGAAAAAGUAGAAGCGGAGAUCCUGGCUUUAGAUGGUAAGUCUUGCUUAGUCCAUUCUACUUCAAAUUGUUGGAUACCCUGGGUGUCAGAGGCUUUUCACGCGCAGUUCCCGGUUUCGAGUCUUCAAAGUGACCUGUUUUUCUCGCGGCUUUGCCGCUCGUCUCUUCGGCCACGUCCGAGGACAAGUAUUUCAUCGGCCAAACAACGCAAGAAAAAAGAACCCUGGAACCCAGGGUAAUUGAAGGAGUGUACAUAUUGAAGAUUUUUUUUUACUGGCUCAAGGAAACACUCUCGGAAACACACUCUGUAUUUAGCGCUAUAUAAAUCUAAUUCAUUAUUAUUAUUGUUCUUAUUAUUAUCACCGUCAUUAAAGGACAUUCAAUUUUGCUUGUAGAUGACGUGAAAGUUCUAAACAGGAAGGAUUUAGAAUGGUCUACACAAAACUUACCCGUUACUAUGAGCCCCGAGUCGGUGAACGCCGAAGAGAAGGAAAGUAACGAGCUGGCCAUCAAGCCUUCCAAAAAGAAAAUGGUGUGCGCAAAAGAUGUAAGUAUAGCUGUUAACCUUACUUUAACAUGCAUCUUCGUUAGGCGACUGUUUUGUCUGACGCGAGUUAUGUAUUGACAAAAAUUCACAAAACAGUUCCUUUCUUUUCUUACUAAGCGAAUUUUAGUAAUACACUAUAAUUGAUGAUCGACCGUGUGGGUUGGUCCGAUUAUUACUAAUUACUACAUCCGAUUAUUGUGAAAUCUCAGCCGAUUCGCAACACCAGUUAUCUAUGACAGCCUUUAUUGUAAUCUCUUUAGUUGUUUUAGCAAAAUAGUAAUCAGUAUUCGAGUCAAACAUGCCAACUUCAAAUGUGCGAGUUUUUAGGUAUAGUUUUAUAAAGUUGUGCGAAAUACUCACAAGUAAUGCUUGACCGGUCAUUGUAACAAUUGAUAGUUCAUUAGCAUCGCGCAAUCUGGUACCUUAAUGGACCACGGCAAUAAUGGCUAACGCCCCAUUCACACCAAGGCUUAAACGCAUUUAAAAGCUGUUUAGUUAAACACAGUUUAGAAUUGCUUCCUUCAUAAAAGCUGCUUUCGGAUUUUUGUCAACUAUAGAUUUAGCACAAACGAAACCAUAAGUUAAAAGUAUCUAGCUCACUCUAAUGACUUGAUGUUUUAUGCCUCAGGCCGUUGAAGAACAAAGUACAGAGAGCGAAGCCAAACGUCCUUCAGAUCCCUAGGAACAAUUUUUAGCGGCACAGAAGAAGCGGAGUCUGGAGUGGAAGACCGAACGCAAAGCAAAGAGGGCCAAGACACAGUCAGUAGUCCCAACAGUAAAGCAACCCGAAGCGAGCAGCAUUGACCGUGACCAUCGAAAAGAGGACCUCGUCACUCCCUUGCGCCAGCAGCUUGCCAACAAAACGGAGGAGUGUAGAGAAUUAAGGAACAGAUUAGAAAGCAUCGAAGCAGUCAACACUCGGAUCCUCAAGAACCAGAUGGAAAUGCAGGAAAACCUUCUUAUUGUAAGCCUCUAUAUGUCAAAUUAAUUUAUAGUUCCUUGUGUUCCCUGCGAGCAGUUUCUAACUUGUCUUGCUACACUCGUUUCUUUUUUACCUAAAGAAUUUAUUUUACAAGAAUAUCGAAUUGCAAAUGUGGAAGGGUUGCUGCUUUGUACGCCCUUGGACUGAAAAAACCUUUCGUCCAUACAUUACUAUAGGGAACUCUAAUCGCCAUGCGACAAGACAAUUCACUGAAGAGAAGUACCUCACACAAACGUUUUCAAUUCCUUCGGCAAAAGAAAAGCGACAAAUGGAAAAUGUCACACCUCCUUUCCAAAAUACCGCAUUGUCAAACUCACUUCUUGCGCCUCGAUUAAAAAGUCUAAUUCAAUUGCUUAAGGGUUUCCUGUGUGGGUCAGCAUUCAAGAUGCCGUGGCAGCCCACGAUGUUGAUAAAUUUUGAAUUGACUAGUUUGGAACGAGAUCAUUGACACACAGUUUCUCCCUUGUACGCGUAUCCCGGCCGUAAACAGCAACUCAACGCGCAACUUUCCACGGGCUUUUAACAACCGUUUUUUUUUUUUUUCCCACCAGCUUAAUGCCACAUCCAUUCCUGAAUCAGACCAUGAAACCCCAGUGAAGGACUACACUGAAUCAGCAGAACAGAGCCAAUACCUGACUACCAUCAAUUAUGAUACUCUGAGUGGACUUCAUGAGGACGACCAACCUACUGAGGUACAAUCUGCCGCAAAACAAGAAAGCGCUUCCCAAGAAGUUGGCGAGGAGUUGAUCAGCACAUGUGUUACACCGACCAGAAUAAAGACCAUUCAGCGCGUCCUAUCAAAGCCAGAGACCGAACGACACUUGUGUGCCUUGAAGCUGCUGCCACAUUUUUUCAGUAAAGAGGAACUUGCGGAAAGCAAUACUGAUGGCAGUCAUGACAAAAAAUGCCUGGACAGUGUCAAAUUAAAUUCGCUGAAAUUAUUAGUCUUCAGUAAAUUUCCAGUGAGCAAAAGCGAAGAGAAGGACAAAGCCUGGAGGAAUAUCAAAGGGAAAAUUAACUCCAAGUGUCGUGCUACCCGCAAAGUUUUAAUGACAGACUUUACUCCCCCUCGUUCAUUGUAA